AUGUCUCCUGUUGCCUUCUCAUCCUCAGACGACCAGCUCCCUCUGGGGGAGUACCUCUUUCGCAGAAUCCGUAGUCUUGGAAUCGGCUCUAUAUUCGGAGUACCAGGAGACUUCAAUCUUGGUCUACUGGAACAUUUGUACUCCGUUCAGGGCUUGAAAUGGGUUGGGUGCUGUAAUGAGCUGAACUCUGCUUACUCGGCUGACGGGUACGCCCGUAUGUCUGGGAAGUUGGGUGUGGUUGUCACCACCUUUGGUGUAGGUGAACUGUCUGCUAUCAAUGGAAUUUCGGGUGCAUUUGCAGAGUACGUUCCAGUGCUUCAUAUUGUGGGGACCACGCCUACCAUAUUCAAAGCUGACGGAAGAUUCACCCAUCAUCUGGUUACCGAUAAGAGUGUUUUGCAUGCAGCUGAUCAUUACUCCUACGAGAAUAUGGUUGGGGCUGUCUCAUGUUGCGCUGAGACUAUAACACACGCAGACGAGGCAUACCAGAAAAUUGAUCAUGUGCUUUCCGAGAUCUUAUACCACAAGAGACCGGGGUACCUCUUUGUGCCAAUUGAUCUUGCGGACAGUCUGGUUGAUUCCACCUCAUUACUGACCACACCUGGUGAAAUGUUCUAUGAAAGACCCAUUGAUCCAAAUCCCAGUCAAACUCUCAAAAUUGCUACUCUUAUUCUGGAUAAGAUUUAUCAUUCAUCAAAUCCGUGUAUUCUAGCAGACGUUUUCACCGACCGCUUCGAUAUGACUGAGACGGUGAGAGAGUUCGUCAAAUCCACACAGAUCCCCAACUUCGCUUCUAUGAUGGGCAAAGGUAUUCUUGACGAAACCGAGAAUUCUUACGUCGGAAGUUACAACGGUAAUGAGUCUAAUCAAGCUAUUAUUGACUGGAUCGAUUCGUCUGAUUUACUUAUUCAUAUAGGCGAUUACGACAACGAGAUCAAUUCUGGUCAUGAUAGCAUCCACAGUGGCCUCAACGAGAUCAUCACACUCAACCAUGAACGGAUCAGAGUCUGUUCAGAAAUUUUCACUGAUGUGAACUUUGUUUAUGUAUUGCCCGCAAUGCUAGCGCUACUGGAAAAGGCUAAAAUUCCAGAAACCAUUACGGAUAACUGGCCAAUUGACAAAAUCCUUAUGAAUCAUCCAACGCCUGUUCCGACACCUCACGUUUCCCAGACAGAUUUGUUCUACUCUCUCCAAGAAUUUUUGAGACCAAAUGAUGUUCUGGUUUGUGACACAGGUUCGUUCAUGUUUGCUAUUCCAGAUCUGGUAUUUCCGCAGGGAGUGAAGUACAUUGGCCAACAGUUCUAUCUGUCUAUUGGUUAUGCCCUUCCUGCCACGCUCGGCGUGGGGAAAGCGCUUCAGGACAUGGGUUUUGAGUCCAGGCUCAUUCUAGUAGAAGGUGACGGGGCAGCCCAGAUGACCAUCCAGGAAUUUGGAAACUAUAUUCAAGAAGGUAUCUCUCCUACAGUUCUCCUGCUCAAUAACUCAGGUUACACGGUGGAGAGGAUCAUCAAGGGUCCAGAGAGGACCUAUAACGAUAUCGUUCCCCAUUGGCAAUGGUGUGAUCUAUUCAGAGUUUUUGGUGACUAUACCGAGACCAAAAGUUCCAGUGUAAAGGUUAAAAGCCAGAAGGACCUAAGCUUAGCUCUGAACAGUAUCCAGUCUGGCAAGAUCAAUAUGGUGGAGGUAAUCAUGGAUAAGAUGGAUUGCCCUUGGAGAUUUAUCAAGAUGACUGCUAACAGUAAAUCUAAAGUUUAA